GUCCCAUGUUUUAAUUAAAUUUCGUGUGAUUUAGUGCUUAUUAAUUAAAAAAAAAUAGAUAAAAAUGAUAAUAAGAUCAUUAUAAAACUGAUUAAAUAAGAUUUUUUCUAUUACUCAUUCAUUUCAACGAUUUAUUUGUGUCCAAAUUAUGACGAAGGAAUUUUCAACUCUAGAUUUUUAUUAAUUUUCGCUUUAUUUGUUUUAAUUUACAUCGCGUUAUAAGUUUGUCCAGCUGCAAUCCAAACAAAGCAGGUGUUUCAUAACAUGUCGAUGUCGGAACUUAUUGAGGAAUUUCUAUCAUCACCAUUGAUUUGUUGGCUCGAAUCAUGUCUGCCAAGGCCAGAGCAACUAUCUGGUUAUCAAUCAUUACUCGACGGUCAUCUCAUUCAUUCUGUGUGGCUUCAAAUCGAUCCCGAACCAGUUCAUCAUCUUACCAAGAUUGUCGACGAAGAAGGCAUUCAACUUAUGAAUGCAAGAAGUCGAAAUAUUGAUGCAAUUGUCAAAAAUUUAAAGAGUUUAUAUGAAGAAGAACUUUGUCAGACAGUUUUAAUUCUUCCAGACUGUUAUGUCAUCGGUCAGAAUCCAGAAUCAAAGCAAGGAUUAGAACAAAUGAAACUUCUUCUGACACUUUUACUUGGUGCUGCUGUUCAAUGUCCUAAUAAACAAGUAUUUAUCGGUCGAAUAAAGGAACUUAAUUUUGAAAUUCAACAUGGAAUUGUUGAAGUUAUCAAACUCGUGACUGACAGUCAAACACUCGUUUUAACUCCUGAGUUUGUUGACAACGUUUCACCUGAUAAAAUGAUCGAUCAUAUUGUAAGACUCGCAAGAGAACGUGACAGAUAUCACUCGAAUUGGAUAAGUAGCUUAAACACUGAAUCGGAAACAAUAACAAAUCAAAGUCAGAAAGGAAGUGCAAUUAGUUCAAAUGUCACAUCACCAACAAUAUCAACUGCUUCAGCUUCGACAACUGAAAGUCAACAUUUAGCCGUUGAACUUGCUGAUUUGAAAUCAAAGAUGAGAAAAAUUCGACAGGAAUUUGAAGAGAAGUCGGAAGGAUUAAUGGAAGCGAGAGAAGAACUUGAACAUACCAGAAAUCAAUAUGAAAAGUUGAAGAUGGAAAGUCAAGAAUGGUACACGGAAGCGAGACAAGCAGCGACAUAUCGUGAUGAGGUUGACGUUCUCCGUGAAAAAGCAGAUCGAGUUGAACGUCUUGAGGUGGAAAUUCAAAGAUUUCGGGAAAAACUUACAGACGUUGAAUUUUAUAAAUCUCGCUGUGAAGAGUUGCGAGAAGAUAAUCGAAUGCUCUCUGAAAUGAAAGAGAAUCUUGAUGAACAGUUGGAACAUGCUAGGAAGCGUUGCGAUCAAGUGAUGGCACUUGAAAGUGAAAUAAUCAAAUAUAAACAAAAGCUUAAUGAUCUUGCAUUGGAACGAGAUGUUGAUAAGACAAAAAUGCAAGAUUUAUUGGAAGAAAAUACUCAACUUCAGUUGACAACGAAGAAUCUCAUUUCAGGUGCUGAAAAGCAAUUAAAAUCUGAUACUGAAGAAGAAAUUCCUUCUGGUGAUAACAGUUUAUCUGAACAGUUAACAAACAACGCUCAAACCAGAGCAUUGAAAUUAGAACUUGAGAAUCGACGACUUCAUGCUGAACUCGACGCAUUAAAAGAAACAAAUUUCCAUGAAAGCUCACAGAAGAUCCUCGAACUUGAAAAGGAGAAGAAGAAACUUCAGUUAAAAUGUGACCAGCUUCAGGAUAACGCUGAUCGAAUGUGUCAACAAAAUCUUGAACUUGAAAGUGUUUUUAAAAAUGCUUUGACAGAAAAUAAAAAACUUCAAGACAUCAUCGAUUCUAAACAACAACAAAUUGAGAAAUCGUCGCAAGAUAAAGAAAUUGAAAGGUUGAAACUUCAAGAUUUGGAAACACAAAUCGAUUCAUUAACGAAGGAAAAACAAAGAAUUCAAAAUCUCAGCGAUAGCAUACAACGACGUGCAAAUGAUCUCGAAAAGUCAUUGCAAGUGAAAACAAAAGAUUUUGAUUCGUUGAAGGAACGAACAUCUGAUUUUGAAUCUUUCAAGAAGGAAUUAAAUGAAAUUAGAUCAAAAUUGGGUUUGGUGGAGAAAGAAAAUAUCGCACUUAACAAAGAAGUAAUCAAAACGAAAGAGAAUCUCGAAAAGAAAGAAUUAGAAGUUGAUGAAAAUAUUGAUGUGAUUAAAAAACAAGAUUUGAAGCUUAAGCAAUUAUUUAAAGAGUUGGAAGAAGCUCAACAAAAUUUCGAAAAGAUUCAAGAACUCGAAAAGAAGAAUCAAGAGCUUAUUUCACAAAAUAAAAUUGAUAUUGAAACCAUCAAGACAUUACAAUCGCAGAUGGUGACUGACACAAUUGUAGCUGAGAAAUUCCAACAGAAUCUUGAGAAAAUUGGAAUUGAUAAGUCGGAAUUGGAUAAAAAUGAGUUUAAUGUUGAAUUUCUUGUUGAUAAGUUGGUAAAGAAUCCUGAAUCUUUUAAAACUGUUCGUGAAAUUAUGCUCAGCUACAACAAGGAAGUUUCAUCAGCUGACAUUUGUGUUUUGUGCCACCAGAAGGAAAUUUAUACAGUCGAGAAAGAUAUUCAAUUUACGCGACUUGAAGAGCUUGAUGAUAGUAAGGAGAAGAUCAAAGAACAAUUAGAACACCUUCAAAUUGAAUAUCAAACACUUCAAGAGACAUUCGAAGGAAUACAAGCGGAAAAUGCUCGAAAGAAGGUUGAAGUAUCGACAAUGGGAUCACAAAUUUCAUCAUUGAACGAUCAACAAGUUGCACUUCAACUUGCCAAUUCACAGUUAGCAGCUGAGAAAGAUUGUUUUGUUAAGAAGUUGGAAGGUUUGAAAACACAGCAUGAUGCGACACUUCAAGAUCAAGUGACAUUGCAAUGUCUGCACGAACAACUCAGUUCUGAAUAUGAUUCUCUUAACAAAGAAAAAGAAAUUCUUAAAGUGACGAUUCGUGAUUUGAAGUUAGAAAUGAGAAAUCUUAAGGAGCGAACAAUGUCGGAUGAAAAAAUCAUCGAAGAACUUCGUUUGGAAUUGAAAUCACUAAAAGAAGUUUCAGUGAGUUUGAAUAAUCUUCGAGCUGAACAUUCGAAACUUAAAGUUGACUUCCGAAACCUCUUCACAACCAAUGAAAGAAUGAAACAUGAAUAUAAAAAUAUUCAAGAACAAUAUAGAAUUAUAAGAGGUGAAAAUAGUCGCUUGAAAGUUCAAGCAACAGAACAAUCUGGUGAAAUUAAUAAUAAACUCGAUCACAUGACAGCCUUAGAGAUUGAAUUAACGAAGAGUAAGCAACAGUGUGAAAUGUUACUACAAAUGAAUCAAUCCCUUGAUGCUGAUCGACGGACAUUAAUGGAUCAUGUAUCUCAACUCUUAUCUCAAUAUCAUGAACUUUUGACACAUUCACUUGAAGAUAAACAACAUUACCAUUCAGAAGAGAAACUUUUUACUGACAAAGUGAAUGAUUUGAGACGACAGAAGGAAAAACUUGAAGAAAAAAUUAUGGAACAUUAUAGGAAACUUGACAAUUGUUCGCCAAAAAAGAAACCUAUUGUUGCUAACAUUGUCAAGAAGGUUCGUAAAGCUGGGUCAGAUUUUAUGAAUAAAACAAAGAAUCGACGUUCAUGGGUGGAAGAUUCACGAUUAACACAGUCGCAAUUCAUUCUUGGCUCAGAAUCUGGUGGGAAUGAAUCUGAUAACAGCCUGGAAGAACCAAAUUCUGUCGCUUCUGAUAAUACUCAUUUAAGAAGGAAUUCACCAAUUCGUCAGAGUCUUCCACGAAAGACAAGCGAACAAAUUCAAAAUGUUCUUAUGCGUGGAGGUGUUCGCGGUAGUCUUCAAGCUAUCAGGAAAACAGAAGAACAACAAGCCAAUCGCAAUAGCUUUCAAGGCUUUGAAUCACCACCCGAUGUGACUUCAAACCUAAGUCUUGGCACAGCUGGAUCGCGACGAACAGUUUAUUUAGGUCUUACUGAAGAAAACAAAUCAGGUGAAGAACCAUCAACAAGCAAUGGAAAUGUUGAAACCUCAGCAGCUGGCGCACCAACAUUCUUAAUGUAUAAUAAAAUAUCAACAACAAUAGGUGAAAAGGAGUCACCAACUCCAGGAAGUGCAACAAAUGGAACGAAUGGGAAUGAAAAUCAAAAAGCGAAGAGUGAUAAGAAGAAAACUGAUCAAAAGAAUCGUGAUGGAACUAAUCGCGAAAGUGCGAUUUGAAAGAAGAAAAACAUUGAAGGAAAACAUGUUGUUGUGACUGGCGGAUCAUCAGGCAUUGGAUUAUGGAUUGCAAUAUAUGCAGCUCGUUUAGGAGCUGAUGUCACAAUUGUCGCAAGAAAUGUCGAAACAUUAAGUAGUAAAUUACAUUCUUAUCGCAUUUGUAAUUUAGAGAAAGCAGUCGCUGUCAUCAAAGAAAACUCUGAUAAGGAACAAAGUAUAGAAUAUUACUCUUUGGAUGUUUCGAAAGGCCAAAAAGAGAUCAACGAAGCUUUCACAAAAAUUGAAGAGAAAUCUGGUGAAAUCUACAUGCUCGUGAAUUGUGCUGGAAAAGCUAUAUGUGGAAUAAUUGAAGAUACAAAACCAGAAGAUGUAAAAUUUAUGAUGGAUCUCAAUUAUUUUGGAACUUUCUAUCCAAUCCAGUAUGUUUUACCAAAGAUGAAAGCACAAAAAGAUGGAAUAAUCGUCAUCACAUCGUCACAAGCAGCUCUCCUAGGAAUCUAUGGCCUUGGAGCAUAUUCUGCUUCGAAAUUUGCUCUUCGUGGUCUUGCUGAAACUCUCUCAAUGGAAACAAAGCAUCUUGGAGUAAAUGUAACGCUUGCUUUGCCAGCAGACACUGACACGCCAGGAUUUGAAGAAGAACAAAAAUCGAAACCUCAAGAAACCAAAGAAAUAUGUGGAUCUGGUGGACUUUUCAAACCAGAGGUUGUUGCUGAAGGAAUCGUAAGAGAUGCUCUAAAAGGAAACUUUUUCUCAAUUAAAGGAUUUGAAAGUUGGAUUUUAUCAUUGGUCUGUUGUGGCAUGUCACCGUGGAAGAAUCCAUUGCUUGGACUUCUUCAAUUCUACACGAUGGGUCCAUUACGCUUAAUAGGAUUCAUUAUUCAAUGGAACUUUGCUCGUAUCGUAAAGAAGUGUCACAAUGUCAAGGAAAAAUCAAAAUAA